CACGUGACUCAAAAUACGGAAGUGAUCGUCUGUAAACGUGAAAUGAACAAUGCGGACUUAUUUGCGUUGUGCAACUGUGUGAAGGAGGAAUUUAAGGUGCUGAGAAAGAGUCAAUUGUAGUCCCACACUGAUGGUAGGAAUAGUGGCACAGCCUGCAUGCUCCCAGCAUCUUAAUGAGUGAAUCACGUCUGUGGUUGGUCAACACCAAUGGCAAUGUAUUCACACUCUCCACCAAGCACAGGCGGAUGCGACAACUGGUGAAAACCUACCAUGAUGGGGUGAGAUUAAAACGGCUGGCAGCAUGUCAGAGUGGGGCAUGGGGAAUCGGACAUGACCAUCAGAUCUACAUAUUUGUGCACUCCACUGAAGUUCCUAUCAGAGUCCAAGAGACAACCUAUGAAAACCAGCGAUGGUCACCUAUAAGUGGAUUCAGUGGCUCCAACCUACUGCCAACAGACAGAUCCAACUGGAGUGAUGAACACGGGAAUGGUUUCCUCCCCAAGGAGAGUUUCACUCUCCCAUCACAGCACUGGGAGUGGGAUGGAGACUGGGAGAUUGACGAUAACUUCCAGGGACAAAUUGCUUCCAGAGGGGGUUGGCAGUAUGCAACAAACUUCCCUCGGCCAUGGACGCCAGAAAGUACCUGGAAGUCUUGUGUUCGGAAACGGAAAUGGAUUCGUUUCCGCCGAUUUAUAGCAACUGAUGCAUGGGCAAAGGUAUCUUUCUAUUUUGAUGAGAAAAUGAAGGAGUCUGGAGAUUGCUUCAUUGAUAUAGCUGUUGGUGGUUGAUAUUCGACUCAGCCCGAAGGUCAUCUGUGUGUCUGGGGGGUCACAAACACCGGGCAGGUGUAUGUCCGACAAGGGGUCACCUAUGACUGCCCAGAAGGGAAGGAGUGGCGUCCUGUCUCUACUGAAAACCAUGGUCUUAUUAACGUCUCUGUUGGACCUACAGGACUCGUGUGGGGGGUCACGUGGGAUGGCCAAGCUCUCGUCAGACUCAAUGUCAACCGAGACCAUGUCUUUGGCACCGACUGGACGUUAGUGACGUAUCCAGAUGAGGCUACCCGUGUGAUGCAGGUAGCUCUGGGUCUCAACACGUUAUGGGCACUCAGUAGAGAAGGCAAGGUAUGGUACCGCAAAGAUAUACAAGGGACACAACUCCUGACUGGCACAGCAGCAGCUAUGGGCAGCACCUGGGUGGAGAUGGUGGGAGAAAUGGCUCACAUCGCUGUGACACCUUGUGAUCAAGUUUUUGCUGUUGGUCUUAAUGAAAAUGAGAUCUACUUCCGGUCCGGUGUGACUUCGAGUGACCUUGGUGGCAAGACAUGGCAGUUAUUGUCCCUGAAGGAGAACACGUCACUGCUACAACACGACAGCUUUUCAAGUGUCAUGUCGGAUUCACUCACAGAAUCAGGACUGGAAGACUCCAGCAGAUUCUCCUCCUCAGUAGCAAGUCAGAUGACCAAAUACAUGCCGCGGACAGGCUCGGAGUCAGGAUGGUCGGAAAGCAGCUCCGUGGCAGGAAGCUUGACCCGUGCCAAACUUGUCAACACACCUGUCAGCGAUAAGGCAGCAGGUGCACGUAAUGGCUUCUGUAUGACAUUAGCUACUCCCAUACAGAAGACUUCAUCAGAGCAGGCAGGUGAUGCUGCGCUUCUUACUGUGGCUGCAUCUGGGAGAGAGGCCACUAUAUCAAAUAAAGUAGGUCCAGUGCGGGAUACUCCAUCUGGGGAGACAGAUACUGCAGGCCACAGCGGUGCUAGUCUGCGAGAGACGUCCAUUACACACAUUGCACCAGCAGCAGAUGCAAAAAGUUCACAAGACGAGACUGUUGGAAAUGAAGUGAGGGAAAGCAAAUCUGUGAUACAUGACCGCAAUUUCAACAAUGGGUUAACCGAGGAACUGCGGUCAUCCAAGACUAAAGAUACAGCAGCAAACCAAUGUGAUCGAGAGACAACCUGUGAUAAAGAGGAUGAAUGUAGUACCAUGCCACCUGUACAGGUAUGCAUUACAUCAGUGGGUACGGAGAGCUCCGAAUCAGUUGUUGAUAAUCACCAACCAGGAACAUUUUCUCCAGCCGGUGUUAGUGACAAGCUGUCGCCUAAAUCUGUGAUAAGUUCUUGUGAUAAUUUGGACAGCUUGGGGUCUAGUAUUACAUCAGAAGAAAAUGAUGGAAUAUUCAAUUUUGUAACAGACUUACUAUCAGUCUCGUCAGUCACUGAAAAAUCAGAUGACACCGAUUCGAAGGAUGUCUCCGGUGAAGAUAAUUCGAAAAGGUUGGAACAAGACGAUCAAGACACAAGGGAGAUAACCACCACAACAAACAGGCCUUCAUCUUUGGGAGUGUCGGAUAAAUCAUUCGUGCUGACGGAUGAUGGUGAGAGCCCUGUAUUUAACCAGGGGGAAAGUGUUCCUUGGAUUACCAUGGGGCCAAGCACAGGUGUAUCAGGGACCAUCUCAGUGAGGAGUACACCAUCACUUGACCAGGAAGUUAUACCAAUGUUUGAGAUGACCCCUGCAAUGCCGCGUUACAGCUGGGCUUGGCUGAAUGGAAUGGCUUGUGCUUUUGAUGAUCCUUCCAAAAUAACUUGGCUUCAGAGUUACCAAGAAAGUGACGAUGCAACACCCCAGGGGAACAAAACAAAAGUGAAGAUAUCAAUGGCUUUGAGGGAUGACUUUCUCAAGAAACUUCACAUGAGAAACAUAAAAGAAGUAGAGAACUUCAAGUAUAUAGAAAGUGCAGUACAAAGGACAUCAUGGCUGAAGAAGAGCAACAUGAAGUGGUACAUGUUUGGGAAGCGGCCGCAGUGGCAGGACUGUUCCGUGGAGCUGGAGCAGGGUCAUGGAGACAGUGAGGAAGGCUCCCUCACUAUACAGUACACCAUCAAGGGGAAACCCAUGCAUACCCAGAUCUGCGUCCAGGACAUCGUGUGUGUGAAGCAAGUCAGUCAUUACCUAGAGCGGACUACAGUUUUCAUCCACACCACAGACACAGUCAAGUCCCUGCAACCAUGGCUCCUCAAACUUGCAUCAGAGUCUGAGGUCGAGGACUGGGUGUCCUUGCUGUGUACCGUCAAUGCCGUAAGGUGGAAACUGAAUAAGCCUGUCCCUACUGGAUCAGUGUGGUCAACUACAAUGAGGGGAGACAUCUUUGUGCACCCACCGGACAAGGUGCAUGUCAAAGGUCAUGAGAUGCGCUGGAUGCAGCAAGGUGGUCACUUGAAACUCCUGGAGACGUCAACAUGUGGGAUAACGUGGGGCGUUGGAUACGACCACUCCGUGUGGACCUACAAUGGUGGAUAUGGCGGAGGAAUCUUUAAAGCAAUGUCUCACCUGUCAAACGAAGUGUUCCUUCAGACGGACGUGAGAACUGUGUUGGUCUACGAGAACCAGAAAUGGCUGCCUGUGUUUGGCUACUCAAGUAGGGGUGUGGAAAUGACGGGCUACAGCUGGAGUGACAAGAUGAGUCAGAGGUGUGACAGCAAGGAGGAAGUGCAGCUCCCUUCAUCACGGUGGCAGUGGGUGAGUGACUGGCGGCUGGACUAUGAAGUGGAGGGGGGAACGGACAACAAUGGAUGGCAGCAUGCAUCCAGCUUCCAGAGGCCGUUUCACCAAGCGCGGGGAAUGAGGGACGGUGCUCGGAGGAGGAAGUGGAUGAGGAAAUGUAAGCUAGAGACAGCUGGGCCAUGGCUGCCAUGUGACUCAGUGCCGCUGAUGGACGUGUCUGUCCAGGUGGACCCAGUGACCUCAUCCAGUGAACCUGUGGUUCUGUGGGCAGUUGGCACCAAUGGAAAUGUGUUGUCCAGGCUAGGGGUUACUAUGGAAAAUCCUCAGGGAGACAGCUGGAUCCACAUAGCCACUGACCAGCCGUUUGAAGCCGUGUCUGUGGGAGGAACAUACAGGGUGUGGGCCCUCGCAAGGGACGGAUCAGCUUGGUACAGACCAGGGGUCACACAGUACAACAUAUCAGGCACCUGCUGGCUGCAAGUGGUGCCCCCUCCCCCUACUGGCUGUCUGCUGAGACACAUCUCUGUGGGUGCAACUGCUGUCUGGGCUGUAGACACACAAGGUAACUUGUGGUACCGGCAUGAGAUUACAGAAACAUUCCCCGAGGGCACCAGAUGGGGGCAUGUGUGUAGGAGUGUCAAGUCCGUGUCCGCAGGACCUCAAGACCAGGUGUGGAUCGUUGCUGAUAGUAACUUCAUGAAGAACAAGCGAGGUCCUGGUGUGAUAUAUCGACGUGUUGGUAUCAGCGAUGCCUGUCUGACUGGGACCAGCUGGGAGAUAGUGAUCGGGAGUGGCUGGGAGUAUGUGUCAGUCCGAGGGCAGCUGGAGCCGGAGGAGGAACCAGCAGACCUUCCCAUCAAGGAGCCCUUGUAAGACCUGAUUACAGUGGCUGCUGCUCUGUGCAAUACUAGGGAAUGGCGUGGCUCAGUGUAUGUCUUACCAGUAUACUCAUGGAAAUAAGUUAGGGAACUAACACCAUUCAUGAAUCAUAUUGUGUCUUGUUUAGUCAAACUGCUUCAUAUUUUAACUGUCUGCUCAGAAAAAAGAAUAUGUCCUGUGAAAUGUUGUUUUAAGUUUGUACAUAAUCUGUAUUCAUCUCAGGGUUUAUGCAUCAAAAACAUGUUUUACUCUAUGACCUUAUUUCUUUCCUUCAGUAUAUAUAUGGACCACUAUAGCUGAUCCUGUGUAUUAUGGGUACAUAUGUGCAAAUACCAUGGACCAAAAUCAUGAAGCAAUCAAACUGCAUCUUCUGAAUGACAGUUUUUCAAAGAUCUACAGUGAAUUAUGUUUGUAGUUGACACAUUGUAUAGUGAAUUGAUGGAUACACUGAAUGGGUUUGUGGUAACAGCCAUUUGUGUAUAUUUUAUCAUCUAAAACUGAUGGACACAGUUAACACACUUUAACAAACUCGUUGAUAUUCCCUUUAUGGUCCUGUGUGUAAUCUGUCAACAACAGUGGUUAUGUUGAUAGUGCACAUUGUUGUUAUUUAUUGAGUCACAUGACUUGAUCAAAGAUGUCUGUCAGUCAAAA